ACAGAUUUAAUAUAUAAAGAAAUAUAAAUUUGUAUUCCAACUCUUGUGCGUAAACUGUGGACAAAGCCAAAAGGGGAGGACUGUAGCCACCAUCACCGGAAGUGUACACGGGAGAAACAUCAGCUGAGCAGUGUCACAAGGGAAAGUGGGGCGUGAAAAUCUGCCGUAAUAGGACUGGGCUCCUACACACAGUUUAUAUGUUUAAAGAGACGUGUGAGCGGGUUCACGUGAAGAUACAAUGCUGUUGCUUUAAUUCGUUUUGGAUUGUUACCCUUCAAGAUGCCCUGUGUGCCACUUGUUCCAGAGAACCACACUCAUGUACUUGCAGAGUUUGACUGUCUGGACCCACUUCUUGCUGCAUUGAGACUGGACUCUGGCAGGCUCAAGUGCAGCUGUUUGGCAGUAUCUAGAAAAUGGCUUGCUUUAGGUACAUCUGCUGGAGGUUUGCACCUUAUUCAGAGAGAAGGGUGGAAGCAAAGGCUCAUUCUCACUCAUAAGGAAGGAUCUAUCACUCAGGUGGCAUGUUGUCCCCAUGAUGAGGACUUCAUUGCUGUUGCAACAAGUCAGGGACUGGUGGUGGUGUGGGAGCUGCAACUGGAGCGGCGUGGCCGUCCUGAGAGAGUGAGUGUGUCCUGGGAGCACAGGGGUCAGGCCAUCACUGCACUGUGCUGGGACACAAGUGCCCUCAGAGUCUUUGUGGGGGAUACUGUGGGAAAGGUGUCUUUUCUCAGGGCUGGAUCCUCUAAAGCAGGCAAGGGAUCAGCCUUUGUUAUUUUUCCAGUUCAAACGGUGACCACUGUGGAUUCCAAAGUGGUUCAACUCGGCUUCCAAGAUGGGCGCCUACUUGUCUCUUCCUUGAGUCGGUGUUACAUUUGUGACACGGAAAAGGAGAAGUUCUGGCGUGUUGGAAAUAAAGAGCGUGAUGGGGAAUACGGAGCUUGUUUUUUCCCCCAAAACAGAGGUUUGUUACAGGGACAGCCUCCUCUGCUGUAUUGUGCACGCCCUGGAUCUCGUGUGUGGGAGGCUAAUUUUAACGGUGAGGUUGUGAGCACUCAUCAGUUCAAGCAGCUCCUUGCUUGCCCUCCUCUGCCUCUUAUCACAAACAGGCAUGAGCCUCAAUACCAUGCUACACAGAGGAGCCCACAGUCAGUGGCCUUUGCGAGACUACUUUAUAUGGGUGACCAAAACCUACUGACAUGGACAGACUCUGCAAUUUUUAUCUUUACUCCUCAGAAUGGCCAAGUGCUCCUGUGGUCUGAAGUAACAGAUAUUGCUGAGAUUGUGGUUUACCGCAGUGAGCUCUUCUGUCUACAUGGCAGCGGGCGCCUGUCCCACUUCACACUUUUGUCGGCGGAGCGAUGUGUGGAGCGUCUACUUCGCAGGGAACUAUGGCUUUGGGCUGCUGUUGUCUGCUGUAUGUUCCAGCAUGCCAUCACUACAAGCAGGGCAAGGAAAUGUAUUCCCAUGGAUCGCCUUGAGCACCUGAAGUCCCAGCUGAACCCUUCUGCAGCUGCAGAGCUGAUUGGACAAUUGGAAGAAGUGAUCAAUAAACUAGAGCCUCUGGAUUCUGCUUGCAGCAGCCGACGGAGCAGCAUCUCUUCACAUGAGAGCUUUAACGUCCUGGACUGUGGUAUCUAUCGAGUGAUCAGUCGUAGAGGAAGUCAGUCUGAAGAGGAAACUGGAUCCCUCAUAAACCAGUCUGCGUCUGAGGAGGAGCGUCUCAAAGACUUCAGCUUUGUUCAAGAAGAGGAUAAUGUUGAUAAUGAUCCUCAGAGCAGUGAGCGUUUGGAGGUGGAGAGGUCGGAGCAGGCAUUACCUUUUAACCUUCCUCUGUCAUUUCGGCCAAAGCCACCACGAAUCGCCCUACAAGCUGUCAAAGAAAGCGUUUCCAGUUUUAUGAAGAAGACGACAGAGAAGAUCAACACCCUUCAGAUGAAUUCUGAACUUUGGCCACGUCCUGAAUGCAAAGAUGGUCCAGUAGUGGAGAUGCAGGCUUCUACGGCAGGGGACCCAGAGAAAAUGGAAAAUGUGGUUUAUGAUGAAAUGUCAAGCACAGAAGCAGAUUUGAAUGAACUGCAAACUGUGACAGACCACGCCAUAGCCCAAAUCCAGGACCCAUACGUGCUCCUUGACCCAGACAGUCUUGAAGAAACUUUGCUGGAGUGGCUACCUGUUUUGGAGAAAGUGCUUGGUCGAGUGGUUGAGCUUGAGUUAACUGUAUCUGGAACUGAGUCAAACAGCAGUAUCCCAACAGAUGACAUUGACAAUCGGAACCCCUUCAUCGACCAGCCAGACCAUUCAAAACUUUCAAAUCAGUUACACAGCAGCAAUGACCACGGAGAGGAGGUUUCACAUUGUGAGAGUGAGCUGGCACCAGAUCAUGAAGAAAACAUUACUGAGGUUUCUAAUGGUUUUCUUGUGGAGCCUAUUCGAGUCCGUCCACCCAAACCAGUCCCUUCAGAGCUGCUGGUGAAUCUGAGCCAUCUGGCCAUGCUUUACACUGAGCACAGCUGCUUCAGGAGGCACCAGAGCAGAUACACUGUGAGCUGUGGCACUUUCCUCCGGCGAUAUUUCUUCCUCCUGGACCCAGAGCGAGUGAGGAGGAUGUGUCUACGGUGUCACAGAGAUCAGCCCGAGGUUUACUGCUCCUUCAUCGAGGCCAUGCAAGAACAAACUCAGUCCAGUAAAGUGGCAGAUGUUAUCCAGAGAGGGGAUUUGCAGCGGUCCCUGCGCAGCCUCAGAGAACUGCAGCCCUGUAGUGCCUCUGCUCUCCUGCCUCACUUGUACAGGUUGUAUGAGAAACAUGGAGAGGCUGCUGUCCGCUCCUUAUCCCAAUUUUAUCCAACUAUUACUCCAUCUGAUGUUAUGGCUGUGGCUGAUCCGAAACACUUUUUGGCAUAUUUGGAUAAUCUGGUUCGAUCUCGGGCCGAAGAUCACAAGUUAUCAUUUCUUCAGUCUCUUUUGGACCCAGAGUCUUUGAGGCAGGAUUGGCUAGAGCUUGCACUCUCCAAUGAUGCACCUCAGCGUUCUGAUACGCUGACCCCUAGUGGAGAUCCAAGGUGGCAUUCCCAUUGUUUUAGAUGGGGAUAUGGACAUCUUCUCUCUCUGCUCAUUCGUCUUCCUGCUGACCUCUCAUCGAAACAGGCCAUGGCAGACAGUUGUCGGAAUCAUGGAUAUUGGAUGGGCUACCUCUAUUUAUGUAAUCAGCUACAGCGAAGAUCAGAAGCUUUUUCCACCAUUUGUCAACUGGACGACAUCAGUCUUUUGGAGGAACCUGAGGGAGUGGAACCUCAAACACUGGAAGAGUGGAAGCUCCUGAUUCAACUGUCCCAGCAAAUUGUUUCUUCUGAGCACUUCCCAGGGCAGAAUGGAGGGAUUCGGUCGGAUGACUCUGGGGUGAGUGCAGGGAAGGUGAGCCCAGAGACCCUGACACUCAUGCUGGCUCGCAGCGCGGGGCCUGAUGUGGCUCUGGACGUCCUGGAGGACUGUGGGGUACAGUUGGUUCUGUCGCCUCACUCCCAGCUCAUCUGUGAGCUCCUCAGGGUCACUGAGAAGAGACAGAGGGCAAUAAUUCAGACCAUGCUGGAGCGCUGUGACCGCUUCCUUUGGUCUCAACAUGCCUGACACAAAGACACUGCUCAAAGCCUCAAGUCUUCCACUACUGAAAUACUACUGACAAAGUUAUGCACUGUGAUGAUAGAUUUCCACAUUAAGGUACAUAAUAAUUUGUGUUUAAUAAUUGUUUUCACAUAAAGGAUAUCCAUAUUGACCUUGAUACAUAUUAUAUUUAUUAUUGUUUAUGAUAGUGACAAAAUAUUUAACUAAUUUUAACUAUCAAGCUUUCAGUGUUAAUUCAGUCUGUUUGUAUAAAUAAGGCAAACGUCUUAAACCAGUAUUCUGUAUGGCAUGAAUUUUAACAUGUUUUGAAAUAAAUAAAAACAUAAAACAUUA